GAUUCACUAUAUUUUAUUUAAUAUAAAUUUUAAGCAUGGAUAGCAUAAUUGGACGCAGCCAGUUCGUCUCAGAAACUGCGAAUCUUUUUACAGAUGAAAAAACGGCAACAGCGCGUGCAAAGGUUGUGGAAUGGUGCAAUGAAUUCGUGACAGCAAAUGCUACGUUGAAAUGUGAGCUGCUGGUUAAAGUGCAGGAAAUAGUGCUUAGUUCGUGUGUAGAGCUGGCAGAGGAAUUCUUGGAGCCGGUGCUCUCACUGGCACACGAUCAAAACCAAGAGGUGCGCAAGCAAGUGGUCUCUUUUAUUGAACAGAUAUGUAAGGUUAAAGUGGAGCUUCUACCCUAUGUGAUUAAUGUGAUAUCUAUGAUGUUGCGAGAUAGUUCAGCUCAAGUCAUUAAACGUGUUAUUCAGGCUUGUGGCAGCAUCUAUAAAAACGGACUGCAAUAUCUAUGCAGCUUAACUGAUCCCAGCGACAGUGCUGAGCAAGCAUGGAAUGUGUUAAGUUUGAUAAAGGCUCAAAUUCUGGACAUGAUUGAUAAUGAAAACGACGGCAUACGCACGAAUGCCAUCAAAUUUCUAGAGGGCGUCAUCAUACUUCAAAGUUAUGCGGACGAGGACAGCAUGAAGCGAGAGGGCGACUUUUCGCUGGCCGAUGUGCCGGAACACUGCAAACUUAUCCGGCGUCAAAAGUUGCAAGACGAAGGCACUAAUAUCUUUGACAUUAUGCUGCAGUUCCAUGGAACUACGCACAUCUCGUCGGUGAAUCUGAUUGCCUGUACGAGCAGUCUAUGCACGGUGGCCAAAAUGCGGCCCAUUUUUAUGGGCUCUGUUGUUGAGGCGUUUCGACAGCUGAACAACAAUUUGCCACCCACAUUGACCGACUCUCAAGUUAGUUCGGUUAGAAAGAGUUUGCGCCUGCAGCUCCAAAUGCUUCUCAAGUUGCGCGGCUCAUUCGAGUUUGCCGGAACAAUACGUAAUAUAUUAAUGGAUUUGGGAGCUAGUGCGAGUGAGAUACAAAAAUUGCUGCCAAAAAUGGAUAAGCAAGAGAUGGCGCGCAGGCAGAAGCGAAUACUAGAAAAUGCGGCGCAGAGUUUGGCUAAAAAAGCGCGUCUGGUCGAGCAGGAGCGACAGCAGCACCAGCCGCAAGAGAUGGAGCUUGAUGAGGAAGAGCUAGAGCGGCAGCGUCAGAAGAGUACGCGUGUCAACGAAAAAUUUCUUGCAGAGCACUUACGUUCCACGGAAACAGUUGUGAAUUUGGUUAUUGAGUUUUUACCCGCUCUGCCGGAUGCGGCAACUCCAAAAUUCUUGGCAGAGUACACGCCUAUCAAGCAGCUGUCAUUGCCGCAACAAGUAAGCAACAUUUCCCAUCUGUUUGGUCAGCAGCUGACGGAGAUGCGCAUGGGACCCGGCUCGGCUGCAUUCAGCAAGGAGCCGCCCAUGAAGCCAAAGACUCAGUCUAGCAUUGCCAUUGCCGAUGCAGAGCCUCUGGCCAUGGAUGUGGACGAUGCACAAGGCAAGCUAAGUGAACAGGAGCUGCAGCGCAAAGAAGAAGCGACGAAGAAACUACGCGAGACCAUGGAACGCUCCAAAGGCGAACAGACGGUCAUUGAGCGAAUGAAAGAGCGCGCCAAGACGCUCAAGUUGCAGGAGAUCACCAAGCCCCUGCCACGCAACACUAAAGAGAAGUUUCUCUUAGAUGCCAUCAUACGAAUCCUCAACUCGGAGCGGCAGUGCAUUAUGGGCGGCGUGGCGGCCAAGCGACGUAAAUUAGUGACAGUUAUUGCGGCCACGUUUCCCGAUAAUGUGCGCUAUAGCAUCAUGGAAUUCAUACUAGCUGAUAUCAAGCAGCGCAUAGAUCUGGCCUUCUCUUGGCUUUUUGAGGAAUACUCUCUGCUGCAAGGCUUUACGCGUCAUACGUAUGUGAAGACAGAGAAUAGUCCAGAUCAUGCCUACAAUGAACUAUUGAAUAAGCUUAUUAGUGGCAUCAAUGAGCGUUGCGAAUAUAAGGACAGAAUCAUUUUGCUACGUCGUCUCUUUCUAGAGGCUCCCAUACUGCCCGAGGAGGCGAUUGUGCAGCUGGUUAACUUAUGCCUGCUUGAAGAGUUCAUGCCGCACGGCUUGGAGAUAGUCAAGGAUCUUGCUGUCUUAAGACCUCCGCGUAAAAAUCGUUUCGUACGCGUACUCCUCAAUUAUGCCGUCCAUGAGCGCGCCGAUCUACGGGAACGUGCUUUGGGCCACUUGAUUACCAUUUAUCAUGUGCACAAGAUUGUUCCAGCGCGCAUUGAUGAGUUCGCUUUGGAGUGGCUAGAAUUUGUGGUUGCAGAAACACCACCAAAUGCCAUAUUUUCAGCAGAUUACGGCAGGCCGACCCCGGAGGUGGCUUGGAAAGAAGAUACUGCCAAGGUGUGCCUGCUCCUGGCCCUCACACUGUUGCCCUACAAUCCGGAAGUUUAUCUGGAAAAGAUUUGUCAAGUGUUUAUGGAGACAUCCGCAGAGCUAAAACGGACCAUACUACGCAGCCUUGAUGCCCCUAUUAAGAAGCUGGGCGUAGAGUCUCCAGCGUUGCUCAAGCUGUUGGAAGACUGUCCGAAGGGUUUAGAAACGCUGGUUAUACGCGUUAUUUACAUCUUGACUGAACGCGUGCCCACGCCACAUCCCGACCUGGUUCAGCGCGUUCGUGAUCUCUACCAAAACAAAGUCAAGGACGUGCGUGUGCUAAUACCCAUUUUGAGUGGUUUAUCGCGCUCUGAGCUGAUCGCUGUGUUGCCCAAGCUAAUAAAGCUCAAUCAGGCUGUUGUCAAAGAGGCUUCCACGACGAAGGAUCUCAUAUCUAGUCACGGCUAUCCGGUAGAGCACCACCACAUUGUCACCGAGGAUGGCUAUGUUUUGGGCGUGUUUCGCAUACCCUAUUCUCACAAACUAAACAACCAGGGAAAGACCCGUCCGAUUGUGAUCAUUGAGCACGGCCUAAUGGGCGGCUCUGAUGUUUGGUUUUUUACUGGCCCAAAUCAUGCUUUGCCUUACCUCUUGGUUGACUCCGGUUUCGACGUGUGGGUCGGCAAUAGUCGAGGGAAUACGUACUCAAGAAGACAUGUUUCAUUGUCCACAGAAAACCCGCACUUCUGGAAAUUUAGUUGGCACGAAAUUGGGUACUAUGACAUUGCGGCCACGAUCGACUACUCCUUAGAGAUCAACGGUCAGGGACACAAGGCCAUCCACUAUGUAGGUCACUCUCAGGGUACAACAGUGUUUUUUGCAUUGAUGUCUAUGCGUCCCGAAUACAAUGCGAAGAUCAAGACAGCGCACUUGAUGGCUCCCGUGGCAUGGAUGUCCAAUAUGGAAUAUAAAUUGGUUCAUAAAUUAUCGCCCUAUUUAAGCGAUCCUCAGCAUGCAUUCACGAGGUUCAUGGAGAACAUGGAGUUUUUACCAUACAACAAAUACGUUUUGAGUAUCUUCGCCAAUCUAUGUGGACGUGACCAAGUUUUUCGGCCAGUCUGUGUGUAUCUCAUUAAAUCGUAUUACAAUAGUACUCGCUGGAAUAAUACUGCCAUGACAGAAGGUAUUGGUCAUCAGCCAGCGGGAUGUUCCAGCAAUCAAAUAAUACAUUAUAUGCAAGAAUAUCGUUCAGGGCGAUUCUGUCAGUACGAUUAUGGUAGCGAAAUGAAUAAAGAAUUGUAUGGAUCAGUGGAGCCACCAGACUACCCAGUCGAGCUAAUUACAUCAAAAGUCCACCUAUGGUAUGCACAGAAUGAUAUAAUGGCUGCUGUGAAGGAUGUUCAUAUUCUGGCUGGACGCCUGCCCAAUAGGGAGCUGCAUCUUGUGGAUGACCCAUUGUGGGAUCACGACGACUUUGCUUUGAACAUGGAUCUUCGGAAAGUUAUUAACGAUCCACUUAUUGAGAUUAUGAAGAAAUUUGAAAGUUCUAAAAAUUAAAUUCUAAUUUUUCUUGUAU